AUUCCAGAUUCAUCUAAUGCUAAAAUAUAUCUGGCUUCCGUGGAGGAACAAUUCAAAGCAACUUCUAAGGCACAUGCUAGUACUCUUAUUUUUGAAGAUGGUGACUACAAAAUAUGACGGGAAUAGCGGCAAUCGUGAGCACAUCAUGAUGAUGAACGACAUGGCCCGUAAGCUCAAGGGAUUAGACAUGGAGAUCAGUGAAGGUUUUCUGGUGCACUUUAUAAUGACUUCUCUUCCUGCAUCUUUUGAAGCUUUCAAGGUCAACUACAACACCCAGAAGGUCAAGUGGUCGAUGAAUGAGUUGAUUGCUAUGUGCGUACAAGAAAAAGAGCGUCUGAAGCUGGACAAACCUGAUGUGGCUUACCUCAUGACCGCUAAUCCAAAGAAGAGGAAGGGCAAUGUUGAUAAGAAGGAAGUUUCUAAAGUCCAGAAACGUGAUGCAAGUGCUUCUUCCAGCUCUAAGAACUCCAAAGGGAAGUCUUACUGCAAGUUCUGCCGCAAGGAAGGACAUAGACAGAAAGACUGCCAAGACUUUAAGGAGUGGCUGACGAAGAAAGGGAUUCCUUACAAUCCAGAAGCUGGAAAGAAACCGAAGAACACUUAAGCUGGGGAAUGGAACAGAACUAGCUGUCGAAGCCGUGGGAACCUUAGAAUUAAUAAUGAAAACUGGUUUAUGUAUUAAACUUUAUGAUACCUUAUAUAUUCCUGAGAUUACUCGGAAUUUAGUAUCAGGACCAAAGGGCGGAGGAGAUGGGGGGCUUCCUGGGCAAGUGCCCCGGCGAAUUUCCAGCGAAGUGCUACUACCUCCGUCCCACUCUUUUUGUCCAGUUUUGACUUUUGGAACUGUUCAUCUAAGCACUUUGACUCAUCAAAUUCUCUCAAUGUGUAAGUCUAAAAAUAGUCAUGUGUGAUCUUGUUUGAUUUGUCUUAACAUAUAGAUUAUUAAUAUAAAAUUUUUAUAAUU